AUGGGCAUCUUCGCUAUCAAGCAACUUACGAAGUCCUUUCCGAUGCACGUUCCCACGAUUGAUCUGCAUCACGCCCAUGGCACUCUAUCCGAGUUGAACACGGAAAGUCGUCACGCUGCUUAUAGUUCCAAACUUACCAUAGCUGUAAACUGCCAAUAUCAUGGUGUGCAGGUCAUUAGCAAGCUGCCCACUUUUGCGCAACCCAAAACGCUUCUGGCUCGCCCUCUCAUGUGGGCUCUUCAGUGGAACAAGCGCUUGAGCGAGGUCAAGGCGCCGAUGGUGCCAGAGGGCAGUGGCUUCGUGCCCAACGUGACAUCGCGCUUUUUCACCGACGACACAGCCCAUGGCCUUUGUGUCUUGCAGGGCAUGGCCGAAAUCUUGGACGUUGAGAUGCCCCGAGUGCUUUUCCUGCUUCGUCGUUUGCAGCACAUCAUGGGCAAACAAUAUGUGUCUGAGCUGCCUGAUGCCCGGGGCCGCUUCUUGAAUGGCGCCGACGUGCCCGAGACCAGUGCCCCACAAGCCUACGGUGUUCAUAGCUUGCCAGAGCUUCUGCAAUUUUUGACCUGGAACCGUGACGAGGAUGUGGUCGUCGGAUCUCACUUCCUGCGGUUGGAACCAGAAUAUCAGCCAAACACUGUCGAGGUGGUCCAGGCUCGCCUGUGA